AUGGGUGACUGGAACCUGCUGGGCAGCAUCCUAGAAGAGGUCCACAUUCAUUCCACCAUCGUGGGAAAGAUCUGGCUUACCAUACUCUUCAUCUUCCGCAUGCUGAUCCUGGGGGCUGCCGCUGAGGAUGUAUGGGACGAUGAGCAGUCUGAGUUUAUCUGCAACACCGACCAACCUGGCUGCAAGGCAGUCUGCUAUGAUCGUGCCUUUCCCAUCUCCCUCAUUAGAUUCUGGGUCCUGCAAGUCAUCUUUGUCUCUGCGCCCUCGUUGGUCUACAUGGGCCAUGCCCUCUAUUGCAUCCGGACACUGGAGAAGGAGCGCCACCGGAAACGAGCCCUGCUGAAAGACGAGAUGGAUGACUCUGAGAUGGCAGUGGACGAACAUAAGCGUCUGGAGAGGGAGCUGAGGAGGCUGGACGAGCAGAGGAAGGUGAAGAAGGCUCCUCUCAGAGGCUCUCUGCUGAGAACCUACAUCAUCCAUAUCCUUACACGCUCAGCGGUGGAGGUUGCCUUCAUCCUGGGCCAGUUUAUACUCUAUGGUAUCCAACUGGAGCCACUCUAUAAGUGUGAGAGGCUACCCUGCCCCAACAGUGUAGACUGUUACAUCUCCAGGCCCACAGAGAAGACCAUCUUCAUGGUCUUUAUGAUAAUCAUCGCUGGUGUGUCACUUUUCCUAAACAUUCUGGAAAUAUCCCAUCUGGGAAUUAGGAAAAUCAAACAGACUCUUUAUGGAGAGAGGUACACAGAGGACGACAGUUUGAUUUACAAGAACAAGAGAAAGACAUCCUUACCUCACCUCUGUGUGAUGAGUAAUGUAUCACCUCAUAAUGGACCCUUAACUCAGACCUUUAAAGUGAUCCCAGAGUCAAACAUGAAGUCUCCUUAUUUUAACACUGGGUACAAAGCCAGCCACGAUUCACGGGGACAGUACGGCUUGGCUCAUCUGGUGCAGACCAGCUUUAUCUGCCCCCAGCCUAGGAUGCCAGUGACGUCUAGCCAAAACUGUGCCAUCCAAGCCCCCCAAACCCAUGACAGUCAAACCAUUGUGGACGACCAUGCAGGCUGGUCCUCUGCCGUCUCAAAUGAAGAGGGGAUUACAACAAUCCAUAAUGAAGAACCCCACGAGGGCCAACAACUCCAAAGAUGCCAUAUUGAAGCUCUGCUGUCAAGUAGCAACAUAAGACCUAGCGCUGGCAGAGAUCUGUAUGAGGACCAGCAUAGAGACUCAAUAGCAAGUGAAGUCAUAGUCCCCAAUCCACGAAAAACAAGCUUCAUGAUGAGGCCACCUUCUGAGAGUUUGUCCUCCAUGACUGGCUCCACCAGCCCUUCCUUACAUACCUCAGAGGAGUCAGAUGAACUGGGCUCUCUGCAGGGCGACAUGCCCAUGAUGCCUCCUCCUGGAGGACGAAGAAUGUCAAUGAGCAUGUUUCUGGAUAUCUCCUCUAUCAUGAAGAAGUGA